AUGGGACAAAAAAUCAGAAUUGUCAUAGGUUGCGAUCAAGCUGGCUAUGAAUACAAAGAAGCAAUUAAAAAAGAUCUUCAAAACAACACCCUUAUUGAAAGUGUAAAAGAUAUUGGGGUUCCAAGCAAUACAGAUUCAACAUCUUACCCUCUUAUUGGUAUAAAAGCUGGUGAGAUGAUUCAAACAGGUGAAGCCGAUCGUGCUAUUUUAAUUUGCGGGACUGGCUUAGGGGUGGCAAUAUCGGCCAAUAAGGUUUCAGGAAUUAGAGCAGUCACUGCUCAUGAUAGUUUUAGUGUUGAGCGUAGUAUUCUUUCCAAUAACUGCCAAGUUUUAUGCAUGGGUCAAAGGGUUGUUGGUUUAGAACUUGCUAGAAGAUUGGCUUCUGAAUGGUUAACAUAUAUAUUUGAUGAAACUAGUGGAUCCGCUGCCAAGGUUAAGGCGCUUACUGAUUACGAACAUAAAUCGUCACAAGUUUCUGUUGCCUAA